AAUUCCAUGAGAAUAAAAUAAACCUUUUCCAAGAUGCGUUUGCAGAGGGUUUGGUGGCCUGAACUCUGGCUCAUUCUGCUCUGGAUACUCUGCCUGCUUAGAGCUCCAUUCACAGGUGCCAGUGAAGCAGUGAGAUGUGAGAGAGUUCCUGCAGCAGCCUUAGGUGAAGAUGUGACCCUGAAAUGUAACUUUAUACCCUCUUUCGAUGUUUUACAAGUCACCUGGCAGAAGUUGGAAGGCUCUUCAUUCAAAAACAUAGCUACCUACAGCAAGGCACAUGGAACUAAAUCCAUAGGGCCUUUCAAUAAGAGAGUUUCUUUCAAUGAUACAAGUCUGAAAGCAUCAUCCAUCACUUUUCGUGGUGUGAUAUUGGAGGAUGAAACCUGUUAUAAGUGCAUCUUCAACGCAUUUCCACAUGGCUCCUUCAGCAGAGAAACUUGCCUCAUUGUACAUUCGAUUUCUCCAGUAAGAACUGAACUCCAUUCAAACACUAGCACCCCAGGGGUCCUGACUGCAGUCUGCUCAGCUACAGCAAAACCUGCCCCAGAAAUCACAUGGAAGCCUGAGGGCAUCCUGAUUGGCCAGCCUGAGAUACAUGGAGUUAAGAAUGCAAAUGGCACAGUAACCGUGACAAGCACAUGCAUCGUCUCUGUGAGGCUCCUGAGAUCGAAGAACUUCCAGGCUUUGACUUGUGUAAUAAAUCACCCUAUGGGAAGGAAAGAGGAGAUAAUUGACCCACUAGAAGACUAUGAAGUGGCAAACCCCUGGAAGUUUUCAGCGCAAGAGAACCUCAUUUUCAAAAUCAAAGGAGAGUCAAAGAAAAACACUGGUACCCAGAGCAAUGUUUCCAGAAGAAAAAGAAGAGAAUGAGGAAGGCAAUCUGAAUCAUUCAUUUGUGGAAGGGAUUGAAGAGAUUGAUGACUCAGUUUUUAAAAAUUAGAGAGAAGGUAAACUUUCACUACUGCAAAUGAAAAAAGCAGAGAAACCAACAUCACUAACUCAGCAUUCAAACCAGCCCCAAAGAAGAAUUUUUUCAAAGCAUUUUGCAGUAGCUUGGAGAGAGGAGCGAUUUAUAACAUGACUUUGACACAAAAAGAGCUUAAAAAGGUGGGAGGGGAAAGAGAUGGUGGCUUAAUUUCCCCCUCCCCUCCAUUUAUGGUAUGUAAAAGGUAUGUGUCUCUUUCAGAGAGUCCAUUUGACAUGAGACUUGGAGACAGAAAAUGUGCAGGUGAACAAAACAAGGUCACAUGCCUUUACUUCUCACCAACCCCCCCCCCCCUUCCCCACCCAAGGAAUAGCUGCAGCUAGAGCUGUGUGAAUAAUGGAUUUCUCGGUUUGCUAGCAAUUCCAAAAAAUUGAAAAAACAAUUAUUUGAGUUGAACUGACAAUUUUUCAGCAAAUCUAAGUUAUGUUUCAUUUUUGGUUCUAACGAAAUAUUUUGGCUGAGCACUUCAACAUUUAAUUUUUUAAAUCACAUUUAAAGUAAAUUUUGAAACAAGAAGUUUUUUCAA